AUGCUCACCGCACGCCGUCCUCCGGCCGACCUGAGCGAUGACCCGCUCACGCUGGCAUUGCGCCCGCCAGAGACGGAGACAGAGGGCGAACGCAGGAUCAGGCUCCAGAAAGAGGCCGAGGCCAAGCGUGUAUCCGAGCAGAUUGACGAACAGCUACGUCAGGAUAAGAGGCAAUGGGACAAGCAACGCCAGGAUAUUCGACUUCUAUUGCUCGGUCAAGCCGAGUCGGGCAAGAGCACGCUCCAGAAACAGUUCCAGCUCAUGUACAACCCGGAAUCGCUCGAGGCAGAGCGUGCAUCCUGGCGCAGCGUGGUCUAUUUCAACAUUGCACGCUCCGUGAAACUUAUUUUGGAGGUGUUGGAGCUUUACGGCGACACGGCGGAGGACGACUCUCCCGAAAUGUCAGACUCGAGCUCAGACGCCGUCGGCGCUCGCGGCCGCUACAGGUCUACAUCACGACGACCAGCUGGCUCUAGCAUCGGAAUGUCCGGCUCCUCGGCCUCAUCCUCCAAGGCCGCGCUUGUUCUGGAGAACCAACGGCACAUCGCUAUGCUCAGGAUGAAACUCGCCCCAUUAAUUGCCGCCGAGGCACUGCUAGCGGACAAGCUCAGCGGUGGGAUGCGCUCUGCGAAUCCCAACCAGUCCAAGGUGUUCGCACGACGUGGCUGGCAAUCCCUCGCCUCUUUCUCUCUCACGUCUGGGAUUGGACAUCGCUCCACGCGAAGCGCGGACGGCAUCGAGCUGUCACACGGAGGAUUGUUGGCUGUGGUGCAGGAGGUAGCGGGAGUGCUGGAUGCGUGCAAGUCGGACGUAUUCUCCCUCUGGCGCAACGAGACGACGCAGAAAAUGAUCAAGCGCCGGAGGUUACGGUUGGAGGACUCCGCUGGAUACUUCCUAAACGACGUGAUGCGUAUCGCUCAACCAGAUUAUGUUCCUGUCAUUGACGACAUCCUACACGCACGGAUACAGACGAUGGGCGUUGCGGAACACCAGUUUGAGGUACCUCUACACGGCAAAAGUGUGACAUGGCAUCUGUACGACGUCGGUGGUGCACGAGGACAACGGCACACCUGGAUACCUUACUUCGACGACGCUAACGCGAUCAUCUUCGUGGCGCCCGUGAGCGCGUUCGACCAGUACCUUGAAGAAGACCCGCGGACGAACCGGAUCGAUGAUUCACUACAGCUCUUCACGGCAAUAUGCUCCAACAGGCUACUCAAGGGCGUGCAUCUCGUACUCUUCCUCAACAAGGUCGACAUCCUGCAGCAGAAGAUCAGCGCCGGCGUACAAGUGAAGAAAUAUAUCACAUCCUUCGGCGACCGGUCCAACGACUACGAGACCGUAGUGGGGUACUUCCGCGCGCACUUCAACCAAGUGCAUAGGAAGAACAACGAGAAGAAUCGGGUGCUUUACUCGCACUUUACGAGCGUCGUGGAUACCAAAACCACCCGCAGCAUCAUUGCCAACGUCCGCGACUCGAUCUUCCGCGAUUACCUCAAGUCCGCGGCGCUUGUAUGA